AUGUUAAUUAGUGAACAAACACAUCAACAGUUCGAUCACUUGUUAGCACGAUUGAUAAAUAAAGUUCAAUCGUGUCUUAUGGAUCGUAAUAUGUAUACAAAGCAAUUUUCUUAUAAUUUUUGUCGUAUUACUAAUGUUUUUCUCGAACGUCAACAACAACUCGAAAGAUUAAUUCUUACAAAUAUGCCAACGGACGAUGAUAAUUAUAUGUUAGCAUAUGAAUUUACUCUUCAACAACGUCAAAAUGCGUUCAAUAUAUCUACCGGUGACUCAGAAAAUUUUAGUUCAUUGAAAUUAAAAUAUUCCAAUACAUACGACUUGUACCUACGUCGAUGUUUGAACUUGCAUUCGACAAUGAGUGUACAUGGUGUAUUUGAAAAUAUCGAGGUUUUGAUGAAUCGUAUUUUUGAACAACAAAUCAUUAUUGAUGAUCGACAACGAGAAUCUCUUGAAUUAAGUUUAAAGAAGUUUGAUGUCCCAUUGAUUUGUCCGCCUAUGCUAUGUCGCAGAAUCUAUAAUCUACAACAAAAUCAAUCAGAUAAUAUUCUAGCUUUGGAAACGAUUGACUUUUCAAAACACGAGAAAGACGUAGAUAUGACUUUGAUUGAUCUUCUUAAAUCAAUUCGUAGUGAACGUUGGAUUGUACUUAUCGGCGGUCCGGGUAGUGGAAAAACCACAUUCGUACGAUGGUUGACAUGUGAAAUGAGUCGAAAUCUUCUGAGCAACGAGGAAAAUAUGAUGAUAGAUGAUAUUGAUAUGGGAUCAGUACGUAUUCCAAUCUUAAUUCGAAUCGGAGAGUUCGCUGAAUGGAUAGAGAGUCAUUCUAGUUCGAAUUUGUUCGACUAUAUCGGACAAAACACAUGGCUAAUGCAGACUUAUAUUGAUUCCGAAUUUGAAACCUUACAAGAUUUUGUUCGGCAUGGACAUGCACUCAUCAUCCUCGAUGGAUUAGAUGAAGUGGCAACAUUUGAAAUGUAUAAUCGAAUUAAUAAAUUAAUACACGAUUUUAUGCAUGCGUAUUGUAUGUCAAACGAUUUUGUGUCCCCAUUUGACGAUGAAGGUUUGGGAACUGCUAAACUUGGACGUCAGUUUCGAUGUAAUAUCUUACCAGGUGGAAACAUAGUUAUUCUCACAAGCCGAAUAAUCAAUUAUACUGUACAACCUUUACAAAGUGAUUUGAUUUUUCAUUACAUGAUUCAACCGAUGAACAUAGAACAUUUGAGUAAUUUCAUCAAACAAUGGUGCAAUCAUGUACAAUAUGAAAUCAUUCCUUUAUUAAUUCGAUAUAUUCCACAAAUAAAGGGUCAACAAGCAAAAUAUAAAUCUAUUUUUGAUUCUAAAAUUCUUAUUAAAAAGAUCGAAUCGGAUAAAGGACUUCAAUCAUUUGCAUCAAAUCUCUCUGUGGUUUCGAUUAUCUGCACAUUAUUUGCUCAGUAUGGUAUUGAUGUGCUUAAAAUAACCCGAGUUCAAUUAUAUCAACAAGUCGUCGAAUCCAUGGUUCAACGAUGGCAACGUCGUCGAUCCUUCAUACCUAAAGAUGCAUUAAUAUCAAUCUUUUCCGAUAUGGCUUUUUAUAUACAUUCUCGAUCAGGAGCAGGCCUGAUUGAUGAGCUCGAUCUAACUCAUCUAUGUCGUUUAUCACUUCGGCGAUGGUACAGUCAACAUGCCAAUAGUACACAUUACAGUUCGACAACUAUUCGACAACAAACACAACAAUUUAUGCAAUUUAUAAGUGAAGACGCUGGUAUCGUUGCUGCACGAGCUCUUUGUGUUUAUGGUUUUCUACAUUUGACUUUUCAGGAAUAUUUUGUAUGUUUGGCUCUGGUGAAUAUUGAUCAUUCUAAUCUAGUAGGUGAAACAAUUGAUGAAUUAGUUACGCGAUAUCUUUCCUUUGGUUCGAAUUCUCGUCUACGAGAACCUCUGAAUCUCGCUUUUGGAUGGAUCAGUUUGCAUUGGAGUUUUGAAAACUUUGAUUAUUUCUGUAUUCAACUACAAUCAAAAACAAAUUCGAGUAAUAAAUAUUUUCCGAUGGGUUCUCUAUUGUUCAUUAGUGCCCUCGGCGAUUUAGCAUGUUUACCCUCACUAUUCACCAUACACAAUAUAUUAAAUUCAUUGCUCGAGCUAGAUAUCGACGACUUAUAUUGUACGUUUGGAGUACAGUUAAUAAGCGCUUUAAAUCGAUUACCGAUCGAUAUGGUUAUUAGCUGGUUUGAUCAAAUAUUUAUGAAAGAAAAUGCAACACUUUCCUUCAAUCUCGUACCCAUACUAUACCGACAAGUGAACAACGAACGAUCAUUACCACAAUGGACCACGACUCAACUCUCUCAAAUGCUCUGGAGAGAAUUCGAACGAUUCAAUCACGAGAUUCAUAUUUACGUGGAUCGAAUUUUAAUGAUAAUUUCUGCAGUCGACUACAAUUGUUUGCCUACGCCUUCCAAUAGUUUGCGAGCAUAUUUGUUGGCAAAACCUAUUCCAACACGAGAACUUCAUUCAUCUGUAAUAGCAUCUCUUAUAGCUUUAUAUGGAGGUUUGGAGUACGAAGAUCGAAAACAUAGUCCGUUAAUUGUUUUCAAAGCUCGUCGUAUGCAUCGUGAUUCACCUCUAUCCUAUCUCUUUAUUAAUUAUUUUAACGAUACCACUACACAUCGAGCAAUUAAAAUGCAACAUUUGAUUGAUCAGUGUCAUAAAAUAGUCGACACAACAAUAUCAACAAAUGUAACUUGCGAAGGUAUUCAUAGUUUAGUAGUAUUGCUUUAUUUUUAUGGCAUUCAUCAGUCAUCGAACUAUGAACAAUACAUUGGAUCUGAACUGUGGCAGCGCACCGUGUCGUAUAUGAACGUCGUUCAGCUUCAUUUACGGGAAUUCUUUUUCCUAGAUCCACGCUCCAGGUUUAAAAAAAAUCUUGUAGAUAGUUUUGAAGAUUUUUGCAUCGAUUCGGAAGAUACAAUCGAUCUUGUGCAAUCAAUGUCCCAUGCAUAUUGUCGAUUAUUAGGCUCACAAACAUCUUUUUUAACGCAGAAACGAUUUCUAUCUGAAGGUAUUGCUUUAUUUAAUAUUAAAAUGCCGUCCUUCAUAAACCUGAGAAAUAUAGUUAAUUGGAAUGAUAGUGUCAUUGUUCAACGAUUAGCAUUUGUUUGCUGUGUUAGUCUAUCGAGAUAUUCUAUUGAAACGGAAGAAGUUGAAGCUGAAGAUAUUCAUCUUUUAAAAUUAGGAAUCCAUCCAUUUCAACUUUUGCAAACUAAACCCAUUGCACUUCUUCUCAGUUAUGUUCCUAUUUCGGUUCAACGAUUGUACUUGGAGUUAUUUGCACAAAAACAGUUGUGUUUUAAUGAAAUUUCUUUUCUACCAUUUUUUCAUCUACUGAUUGAAUCUCUCAAUGGCCUCCUUAUGACAUAUAUACCUUGUAUUCGUCUUCGUAUUUUAAGCUCUAUACUAUCUCCUAUAAUUAGUCAAUAUCGAAUAGAAAAUUUAGUUCGUUUUAUCGCUAGCAAGGACAAUCGUGAGCGAACAAUUGUGUCUUUUAUAAAAAAGUUGAACAAUGAUUCUACUCGUACCGUCAAAAGUCAUAUACUAAUAGUCGAAAACUACGACGAUGUCAAACGUGAAUACCAACUAAUUGUCAACAAAGAACAAUAUCGUAUUGAUAAUGCUCAGAACGAUUUAGAACUAUAUGCAGCAUGUUGCUGUCUUGCUAAAGUAACUCGAAAAUAUGAUAGCUCAAUAGAAUCGGAGACAAUACUCGAGAAAAUGUGGAUUUUCGUUCAAGCAAUAAAACAACCUGUUUGGCGAUUGGAUGCUGCCAUCAAUAUUUUCUAUCUUAUACUUCCGAAUGAUGCGAAAUUCAAACCUCUUGCAGAUCGCUUUAAAACCUAUUUUCUCCGUUUGAUAUCCUGUCUAGAAGAAAUCGAGCCAACUACACCACUUUUAAGUUAUGUCGCGUUAUUCGUUCGUUGUAUGUCUGUUAUUCGAGAUGAAAAAUUUCCUUUGGAAAAAAGACUCGUUUACAAUAUAUUACAACGAUUAGAAACAGUAAGUACAAAUGAACAAUCAGUCAUUUGUGAAGCACUUGCCAGUUUGCCACCUUUUCGUUGUGAUGUCUGUCAAUUCGUUCGUCAAUUAAAAAACUGCCCUGGUAGUAAUUUAGUGUUCAAUCAGAUUUAUUCUUCUAAUUGCAAAAUUUUCGCAAAAUACUUCUCCAUGCAUUAUUUUAAAACUUCGGAUAUUAGUAACGUACGUUCAACACUUUUGACAAGCAUGUAUCUGUCUGAAAUGAAUUCCUAUGUUCAGUUUAUCGAUGAUUCUAUGAUCAAGAGAACCACACAGUGCGAAAUCGAACACGAACCAAUAGAACAAUCUCUAAUUGAAAAAUGCUUAAUGCUACUGAAGAAGAAACCAACAUGUUCAUUGAAUGUCGAAGCAGCGUCAAAUAUAUGCGAACUUCUUUGCUCAUCAAUCACAGAGCUAGAAAAAAUGGAAAUGUCUCGAGUAGAAUAUGCUUUGGUAAAUAAGGAAAACGUCAGUGAAUUUGCACGUCCUUUUGUAUUACAAUGGCUUAACUAUCGCGAUGAUAAACUAUUGAAUAAGUUUGCCUACAAUGGUGCAAUUCUAUUAGCGUCAUCAAAAAUCUGGACAACCACCAUUGUGGAAAUAUGUUGUGAAUUAAUGACCAACGAAUAUGAUCAUCUCCGUGAUAGAGCGAUCAAAUUAAUCGAGAGUCGUGAAUGGAGGAAUGUGGGAAAUGGGUGUACGACUAAAAUUAUUAAAUGUCUCUACAAGUGGAAUGAAACAGAGUUGAAAAAAUUUGGCGAUAUUGAAUAUAUUUUGUCUACUCUAUUUAUCGAAACGAUCGAUCAAAUGGAAGAAAUUCUAAAGUUCGAACGUGAGAGAUUUAAUAAGGCUCAACUGGAUGUUUCAAAAUACGAAGUAUCAUUCUUUCGAUUAAUGAAGGAAUUGUCAAUCGAAGCAACAAAUUAUGUUAUUGUCAUUAUGAUUUCACUGGCAAAUAGCUCAUUAGAUUCAGCCAACCUGUUGUUUCUGCAAUGGAUUCUUGAAUAUUUUCAGUGCAAAUGUUUAGUAUCCGACGAAAGAUUUGUUGAGUUACUUAUUAAACUUAUGCUUGGUAGUCAUGACUCUAAGCUAAAAGUCAUUGUUGCAAGAAAUCUAUUGUAUUUUCCAUGCAACGAACAGAUUCAAAACAUUCUCUGGACUAUUAUCACAAAUAAUGAGCACGAAAAUUCGGAUGAACUCAUUGCUACGUGCAUUUUUUCGUUGUACAUGAAUGAUGAAAUUGCCAUGCAGGAAAAAUUGAAACAACUUGAUCAUCUAGGACAGCAUACGACUUCAUUAAUUAUUCGCCAAGCAGCAUUAGCUAAGAUGUAUUUAUAUAUAAAGAAGAAGCCAGAGGAGUAUGAUACUAUUGAUGUGUACUAUUCGUACAUGAUCAGUACUAGUGAACGUCUAACAACAGAUGAUGAAAGCUCUUCUGCGAGGACAGCUGCUCGUUGUAUUGCAGAAAACGCAUCUACUCUUCUUCCGUUAUUCGUCGAAGAUAUGUGCAAGAAUUUGAAUCAGGAACCAUUUUUUGGAACUCCAGCGUAUAUGGAAGUAGCAGAAUCACUUUGUCGCGACAUACCUACUGAUUUUCUGGAUGCCGUUCGUCAGAAUUCCUUUGGUGAAAUUGCUUUUCGAAACAGUGUCUAUCAAUCAAGUAAAAAAGUCUGUUUAUCGAGUCAACAGUGUUGUAUAAAAGUAUACGCAUGUUUCGAAGAUGUUUCCCUUCAUCUUAUUGAAAUGAUCAUGCAAGUAGUACUCAAGGAACCCAAAGUGUUAAGCUAUGAUCAUCUCAUCAAGUCUUUACGAGUUGUAUCAGGGCGUCAACCAAUCGAACUUCUUUUGAACAUCCUUUCUUCAGCCAAAUCAUUGAAACAGCGUUAUGUCGCUGCUGAGUUACUAGUUCAUCUGGCUUCUCUAAAUCAUGUCUCUGUCAAUGAAGUAGGAAAACUAUUGAAUGCAGCUAUCGAAGACCCAUCGUCACAGCAAUUUUUGGAUUUGGGCUCUGAAAACACCAGGGCUGAUUAUAAAAUGAAAAGGUUACUGCUUAGUCUUUUAGCUGAACAAGACUGUUCUGGACGUGUAGACUUUGGCAAUAUUGACAUGAUUAACGUAGUUUCUGAAUAUAAGAUUCCGGCAGCAAUCUUUGUCAACAUUAAUCAAUAA